CACAGCGCGUUGUGCCUUGUGUUUCGUUUUGACCACCAUGUCUCAACCAGAUACUUCCCAGGAUCCCAGUAAGGACCCGAGAGCUGCAAACAAGGCCCAGUUUGAGCUCGAGCUAGAAUUUGUACAAAGCUUGGCGAAUCCUUACUACUUGCACUCUCUCGCUCAACAAGGCGUUCUCAACCAACCAGCCUUCGUGAACUUCCUAAAGUAUCUUCUGUAUUGGAAGGAAAAGGACUAUGCACGAUUCAUCUUGUAUCCUCACGCUCUUCAUCAUCUGGAACUGUUACAACACGCGAAAUUCAGAUCGGAGAUUGCUAAGGAUGAAUGGAGGGAGUACUUGAAUCAGAAACAAUUCGACCACUGGAGAACUUGGCGUGAAUGGAAGCCUCCACCAAAUCCAGCAUCUACAGACGUCACCAUGGCCGACGAACAGAAAUAGUUGGUUGAUGAGAGCUUGUGCUUUCUCUCGCAGAAGUGUACGCCGUAUCAGACAAUAACGCUUGCGUGCCGCCUGGUUGUCAACGACGUUGGCUCGGGCAGUUUGCGACCAGAAAACUUGGGCGUAGGCUUAUUGUAGUCAUGCAGGGCAGAAUCUCGCUGUUGUCAUUCAAGUAGAAGAGCGUUAGAUACUUCCUAGAUUAGACGAGACCUGCCUUCACUGCUGUGCGGCCAGGCAGUUCUCAUGGGAUGAUGGGAAAGGAAUAUUGAUACAGUCGAAAUUAGUUGUGCGUGUGUCCAGGCAUCCAUACAUUUGAACUAGGAAUAUAGCCUGCCAUACUAC